UCCUUAUUCCGUUUUGACUGCUACAACGGAAUCCUAUCAGCAUUAGCUCUUCCGGGAGUAGCCCAACUCAUUUUCGUUUGGUUUUGUAAUUAAUUGACUGGGUUCUUUACAAAACACCGCAAAAAUGACCAUCACCGUGCAGAAACGGAACGAAAGCCAAGAGCUGAUCAUUGAUACCACAAAAAGGAAGUCCAAUGCCAGCCGAUAUAUUGCGGGGACUAUUGUCGUCUUGCUGGCCUUGUCCAUUGCCUUCAUUGUCCUGUACGUCCAGGAAGUGACCAGAGAUCCGAAUGAGGGAAAAGUGGACCGAAGCAUCAGGGUUUGUCUGACACCAGAAUGCGUACAUGCAGCGGGCACUUUGGUUACCAAUAUGAACAGAAACGUCAAUCCAUGUAACGACUUCUAUGAAUUCGCUUGUGGAAACUGGAACCUUAGCCAUCCUAUGCCUGACGCUAAAUCUCGCUAUUCCACCUUUGAUCAGCUGGACGAGGCUCUUAAUCAAAAUCUGAAACGUUCGCUGACGAGGUCUAGCCGACACGUCAACCCAUCAACUGCAACCGAUAAACUCCAGGACUACUAUUAUUUGUGCACAAAUUCAACUCUCAUAAACGAUGCCGACUCAUGGACAGCCCUGCUUCGCGAAUUGACCGCUUUUAACAUGGGCUUGGAAAACUGGCCCUUCGAAAACAACACCGGCGACCUGCCUGAUUUCAGCCCGGAUCAGCUGGUGAACCUGAUGAGCCACGCCCGUCGACAGGGAAACAUGCUGGGUGUGUUCAACACCGUCCUCUUCGGUGACCCCAAUAACACCGCCAACAACGUCAUCAACUUUGAAGUGCCGGUCUUUGCGCUGCAGCGUAAUUACUACCUGAACAAGACCGAUCCCGAUAUGAUUGCCGCCCGCGAGGCAUAUAAGCGUUAUGGCAUGGAGCUGGCCAGUGUUGUCUACAAUCAUCUGCACAAUGAGACCUCCGUACCGGAAGACUUUGAUCAAAUCUUCACGGAAAUCGUUGAGUUUGAAGCCGCUCUUAUGAACGCCACUCUGCCUCGCGAGCAGACUCUGGACGAAACCAAGCUUCAGCAUCCAACGCAGUUGAGAAAUAUUGCCGGUUACACGACGGCCAUCGGUCUGACUGCUGACAACUGGGUGGAGUAUUUCAAGAAAGUCUGGCCAAUGGCGCAAGACAAAAUCAACGCCGAUUUGAUGGUCAAUGUGCGACAACCGGAUUAUUAUGACGCUCUCAACAACGAGCUUGCAGCUAGGAUAAACAGUACACGAUUUUUUGCCCAAUAUAUCGGCUUUAAGGUCAUCGAAUCGUAUCUAAGAGUUUUGCCGGAUGAUGUGCGGGCUGUUGCCGCGCGCUUCGAAAAUGUCCUCAGUGGCACCACGGCGCAGCCUCCGCGAUGGGAAACCUGCAUUGAUAUGAUCAACGCCCAACUGCCCAAGGCAGUAGGCAGUAUGUAUGUGCAAAAGUAUUUCCGCCGCGAAGCCAAGGAGGAGCUCGAAGAGAUGAUCGUCUUCCUGAUGGACAGUUUCAAGAAGAUCAUUCAGGAGUCCUACUGGAUGGAUGAAGACACGCGUGCGCAGGCUUUGGCUAAGGCCAACAAGUUCACUUCGCUGGUUGCCUACGAAGACUACCUUAUGAACGACACUAACGCGGUUAAUGCGGAGCACACAAAUUUCACGGUCAAGGACGACUUGCUGGGCACCUUUAUUACCGCCCAAAACUUUGUGGUCGAUGUGGAAGGCAAAAAGCUGCUCCGGCCUAACGAGGUCACGGAUUGGAUUACCGGCGCCGCUGUCGUUAACGCUUUCUAUAUGCCAGACUACAACUCUAUUUCGUUCCCCUCCGGCAUCCUUGCUCCUCCAUUCUUAGGACAUGGUUAUCCCAAAUUCUGGAACUACGCUGCCAUCGGCACUGUUAUCGGUCACGAAAUCACUCACGGCUUUGACAACCAAGGUUCGCAAGUGGAUGGUGACGGCAAGCUGGUCGAUUGGUGGAGUAAGGAAUCCAAAGCGGAAUUCCGUAAACGAGCGGACGGCAUUGUCAAGCAGUACUCUAGCUACAGCUACCUGGGCAGCCAAUUGAACGGCGAAGGCAAUCAGGGCGAAAACAUUGCCGACAACGGUGGCAUCAAGGAAUCGUUUAUGGCUUAUCAAGCGUACAUCCAAGAUAAACGCCAGGGAAAGCCGGAAGAUCGCCUCCCUGGAUUCCAUGACUUCACACCCGAGCAAAUGUUUUAUCUCAGCUACGCCCAGGUGUGGUGCAGUGAUUACACGCCACAAGAAAUGAAGAAACAAUUAAGCAGACCACACAGCCCAGGCCGCUACCGUGUAAUUGGACCGCUGCAGAAUUCUCCCACUUUCGCCCAGGCUUACCGGUGCGCCCCCGCCGUGGGUAAUCCGCCCAUCGGCAGUGAGAAUGCCAUGAAUCCGGAAACGAAAUAUGCCGUCUGGUAGAUGAAGGGUCAGCACGUCCCCGCCCUUUCUGUGUACAAAAUUCUAUAUGUGUGAACUGUGCUGGUCGUUGGAAAUAUUAUAUACUCACAGUGCAAAAAGAAAGUUCUGUGAUUCGGAAUUGUGUAAAAGUGGAUCUUUUGUACUCGACUACAGAAUGUUCUGCUGUAUUUCGACAGAUCAGUAACUGUGGAAAUCUGUCAGAAAGCUGAAUUACUGAUUUAAAAGCAGAAUGAAUGUAGAAUUACGA